AUGAUCUCGAAUCACCUCAUCAUUCCAAAUUUGGACGAGCUGGGAAUCGAACCCAGGACCUUUCGCAUACAGGAACCUGGGAAGACAGACGAUGAAAAAACGGACCUACCUAGAAGACACCAGUGGGCAUGUGAACUCUCCAGGUACGGUGAUGCCGACACCGCCGGCACUGUCGACUUGACUACUCUCUUGGAGACGCCCUCAUUCUCUCGCCGCUGCGGUUCCAACGAGAUGAAGUGCUUCAGUGAAACCCAGGCAGCUGCUUCAUCCUGCAAGACUCUGAUCGAUGGCUUGCUUGCCACUCGCAACAACUUUCCGAAUAGCCCUCGCUAUGUGUGCCAGCUGGGCCAACAACUUGUCGCGUGCGUGGUACGUCCACCUUGGUCAUGGCGCGGCGGCGAGCCUCAAGAGACGCCGCGCAAGUGCUGA